UCUUUUCCUGAGGCCGUUACUGAUUUGGUUGGAAAGACUUUCAUGUUUGGUAUUUACAUUGAGAGUAACAAUGUUGCUAGCAAAGGUGGGAUGUAUAAAGUUGGUAAAGUAUGGAAAGAUCUAAGUAUGCUACUGACUGGUGGUAGCACCACUGAGUCAUGGACUCAGUCUGAUGUGGGAACUUCUAAUUUAAGUGGUUCACAGGGUUCACUUUUAGUUAUCGAAAGUCAGGCAAACGAAAACACUGUGGUAACCCCAUCAUCUAAACGCAAACAACAAUCCAAUGAAGGUGAACCUGACAUAAGUUCUACAACAAAGAAGCAGUGCGCUCGAGUUUUUGUGAAGAAAGAAAAGACCACUAAAGAGGACUCAAGCUCCAAGAAAAGUGGCUAAUGAAGAAACCAAAGUGGUUCUUUGUUUGUUUUCUGUUUUUGUUUUCUGUUUCUGUUUAUGUUUUCACAAUAAGUGUUUAUUUGCACAUUUGUUUCAGUUAUUUAAAGUUUAAUUUCUAAUAAAGAUUUCCAAUAUUUGCGUUCCUUUGCUAGAUUAUUUUUCAAUUUGCAGUACUUACAAUUGAGACUUACAUUUUAUUAUAAGAAAAUACUUGAUUACUAUUUUUGAUAUACUGAUUCAAAACAAUCUGCUCACACUACAUACAUCAUACUUUGUUUAAAAUCUACUCUAAGUAAUGUUUUAAAAUAGAGAUUUUUAAAUUUAUAAAAAAGUAUUUGCAUUAAAACAAUAGGAAUGAUAUAUUGACCAAUCAUCUACAUGUUAUAAUACUCUGCCAUAUCAUAUAUGAAUUUAUAUAAGUGGUUUCAUGUUAAAUGUUUAUAUCUCCUUGUAUAAAGGAAACUAAAAAGU